ACAGGUCACGGGGCGGGGCCGAGGCGGAAGCGCCCGCAGCCCGGUACUGGCUCCUCCUGGGCUCCCUCUAGCGCCUUCCCCCCGGCCCGACCCCGCUGGUCAGCGCCAAGUGACUUGCGCCCCCGACCCUGAGCCCGGACCGCUAGGCGAAGAGGAUCAGAUCUCCGCUCGAGAAUCUGAAGGUGCCCUGGUCCUGGAGGAGUUCCGUCCCAGCCCGCGGUCUCCCGGUACUGUCGGGCCCCGGCCCUCUGGAGCUUCAGGAGGCGGCCGUCGGGGUCGGGGAGUAUUUGGGUCUGGGGUCUCAGGGAAGGGCGGCGCCUGGGUCCGUGGUAUCGGAAAGAGCCUGCUGGAGCCAAGUAGCCCUCCCUCUCUUGGGACAGACCCCUCGGUCCCAUGUCCAUGGGGGCACCGCGGUCCCUCCUCCUGGCCCUGGCUGCUGGCCUGGCCGUUGCCCGUCCGCCCAACAUCGUGCUGAUCUUUGCUGACGACCUCGGCUAUGGGGACCUGGGCUGCUAUGGGCACCCCAGCUCUACCACUCCCAACCUGGACCAGCUGGCGGCAGGAGGGCUGCGGUUCACAGACUUCUACGUGCCUGUGUCUCUGUGCACACCCUCUAGGGCCGCCCUCCUGACCGGCCGGCUCCCGGUUCGGAUGGGCAUGUACCCUGGCGUCCUGGUGCCCAGCUCCCGGGGGGGCCUGCCCCUGGAGGAGGUGACCAUGGCCGAAGUCCUGGCUGCCCGAGGCUACCUCACAGCAAUGGCCGGCAAGUGGCACCUUGGGGUGGGGCCUGAGGGGACCUUCCUGCCCCCCCAUCAGGGCUUCCAUCGAUUUCUAGGCAUCCCAUACUCCCACGACCAGGGCCCCUGCCAGAACCUGACCUGCUUCCCGCCGGCCACACCGUGCGACGGUGGCUGUGACCAGGGCCUGGUCCCCAUCCCACUGUUGGCCAACCUGUCCGUGGAGGCGCAGCCCCCCUGGCUGCCCGGACUGGAGGCCCGCUACAUGGCUUUCGCCCAUGACCUCAUGGCCGACGCCCAGCGCCAGGAUCGCCCCUUCUUCCUGUACUAUGCCUCUCACCACACCCACUACCCUCAGUUCAGUGGGCAGAGCUUUGCAGAGCGUUCAGGCCGCGGGCCAUUUGGGGACUCCCUGAUGGAGCUGGAUGCAGCUGUGGGGACCCUCAUGACAGCCAUAGGGGACCUGGGGCUGCUUGAAGAGACGCUGGUCAUCUUCACUGCAGACAAUGGACCUGAGACCAUGCGUAUGUCCCGAGGCGGCUGCUCUGGUCUCUUGCGGUGUGGAAAGGGAACGACCUACGAGGGCGGUGUCCGAGAGCCUGCCUUGGCCUUCUGGCCGGGUCAUAUAGCUCCCGGCGUGACCCACGAGCUGGCCAGCUCCCUGGACCUGCUGCCUACCCUGGCAGCCCUGGCUGGGGCCCCACUGCCCAAUGUCACCUUGGAUGGCUUUGACCUCAGCCCCCUGCUGCUGGGCACAGGCAAGAGCCCUCGGCAGUCUCUCUUCUUCUACCCGUCCUACCCAGACGAGGUCCGUGGGGUUUUUGCUGUGCGGAGUGGAAAGUACAAGGCUCACUUCUUCACCCAGGGCUCUGCCCACAGUGAUACCACUGCAGACCCUGCCUGCCACGCCUCCAGCUCUCUGACUGCUCAUGAGCCCCCGCUGCUCUACGACCUGUCCAAGGACCCUGGGAGCGACCGUCUGAGCACCUGCCCGUGUCUGUGCAGCAUGGCACACUGACGUCAGGCCCACGUGCAUGCCCAGGUGGCCAGUCACACGCCAGGUGCUCCCUCAGUGUUGGCCAAGUGAGAGGAGCACUCCUUCCGGGUGUUCAGACACCUCCCCGUUCGUUGCUACCAAACAGCCACCUCCUUCCUAAUGGGCUCCCAUUUUUCAGUGCUGGGCAAAGGUCCCUUAAUCUUGGAGUUGCAGCCUCUUUCUCUCCAAGGAGGGCGGUGACCAGCCUGAGCCAGUCAAUCCAGUGAUUGGUUCAGGAGUAGCCUGUGACCAGGAGUCCUGGUAGUGAACGACUGGGGCAGCCCUGGGGGUGAGGACCUUGUUCAGCCGUCACAGGCCCUGAUUGGACACUGGGCAGCUGCUAACCCAGUGUCUCCAGCUGCCUACCUGGAGAGCUCCAAGCGUAAGAAAAUAAACCCUGCCUGUUGAAGCCAC